AACUAUCCCACGCACCUGCUUCCUUUUAACGCAAACCUUCGGCGUCAAACGUCCAAACUCAAUCUUUUCUUCGACCAUGGCUAUCGAAAAUCCAAAUUCUGGCCAGGAGGCGCCCUCGACUAACUUUGAAAUGCGUUUCCCUCCCUUCCCACAGCCGCCGGAAGGCGUUGAAAUCAUACCUUUCAAGGACUACAAGGAGGUCGGAAUCUUGAUGGAAACAUCUGAUCGUGUUGAGCGAGAUGCUCUGCAGAUUCCUACUGUUGCUAUAAAAUCGGUCCACGCUACUGACUUAUGCAAGACGAAUGCCCAGAGUGGCGAGAAGGACGUCAAUGAGUCCCAUUGGAAGGCCUCGGGAGAAAAGCGAGAGUGGUGGAACGAUUGGGAAGAUAUGGGGAGACGUCUCCAUCCAGAAGGCUACGAUGAUCGCCGUCCGCCCCAAGAUCGUCUUCAUCAAGCGGCUAGUGACUUUAUUCGGGCACGUCGUCCGAUCCCUCAAAAGGUCAAUGAAAUAUGGGAUCAGAUCCAGUUGUAUAUUGGGUUGUUACAGAGCACCCCAGUAUGGCACAAAACGGAUCCUGAUAAGGCCUCGAAAGACAACGAAGAGGACGACGACUUUUCUGAUGAUGAAGGGAUGCCACACAUGAAAGACGUUCAGGUGUCCCAAAACGCCAGUGCUCCGAAAAAGAAACCACGUCCAAGGCCUCCCUACGAAAACUACGGGAAAGAGGCACACCAGGUCGAGAAUGAUGAACAAAUUCAAGAUCUCCUCGCUGCGGCUAAGGAUGCAAAGAACGACAAACUCUUGGAUUUCUUCGAGAAUCCGGAGAAGAGUAUCACUACCUUUUUGUCGUACUACAUGAUCAACCAAGGGUUACAUUUUGAAGAUUACAGGCUGAUCAAUUUCCCGCGCGUGCUUGGUUUCUUCAUCAAAUACCUUAUCAUCAAUAACGUUUGGCCGGAGUGCAAGGCCAGCCUGGAUCGCUCUCAAAAUAUCAUCGAUAUCGCGAGCCAAGAGCUCAUCUGCACCUCCAAAAUCUCUAAAGCCCUCCCUGACGUCCUCAAUUACGCCUUUCGAGAUCAUUGGAGCAUCAAUCCUGAUGUUUUCUACCCCAGCGACGAUUCGGAUAUAGAAAAGCCUGAGGCGAAACGUCUCAAAGUUGAUCCCGAGGCGGCGGAUUUUGAGCAGUCACUGAAGGACGCCAACCUUGAUCUCAUCAAGCCGGAGGAUGUGGAUGUGCUCAUGGAGGAGGCGAUUACCGCCGAGGAAAGCGGUGGUUGGAAGAGUACAUGGGAUGCCGAUGACGACGCUGCACCGGCGCCUCAAAAUGUCUGGAAUGAUUCUACGGCGCAAGACUGGAGUUUCCUGGUAGAGCGACCCCGGUUGAUGGAACUUUUCGGACCUACUGCCCUUCCUGUGACGCAUACUACUGGUAUCGUUGAGCAGUCAAUGCGACGAAUAGCCGCUAUCAUCCCUCCACCCAAAGAUGUUUCUGCGUUACCUCACGCCAAGGACCCCAGCCCCGAAGCUGUAGAAGCGGAGUUGGAACGCAGGUUCACCAAGGUGGUGUUGUCGCCUUGGCUCGGGUCCAAGACAGGAGAUGAUGAGCCGACGAUUUCGUCCCUCUCGAAGGGCCCAGUGCUCGGUAAAGACGACAUUGAGGCCGACACGCCUCCCUCUGGGCCGAAGCCUCAUAACCCGUGGAAGGACGAUAUCACCAUUUUCGUUGGCGAGGAUGCCGCAAAGGACCUUCGGGUGGGGAUGGGUCUAGGUGGAUCGUGGAUUCAGAUGGCCCGUCAGCAAGACUUUGAGAGUCAGGAUAAGAAGAAGAAGAAAAAGAAGGGUAAGAAGAGCGACAAUAGGUUCUGGUAUAUGUGUUCGUUGAUGACCGUGUUGACGAGUUAUCACGUCGGGCCGUCGGAGGUGCAGGGACAUGUGCCUGACAUCUAGGUCUUUUUUUUUCCCGCUUUUGUCUUGGUCAUGCCUUGCUCUCAACUGAAUGCGCUCAAUGUAUUGUCUUCGCAGCUUUGCUUUCUCUGUACGAAAUUACGAAAUCUCUCUCCGUUUUGAUCGAAUCUAAAAUUGCUUGUACUUCAUUGAUCUGCACCGUAUGUAAUGAAUGUAUAGAUAUAGUCCUGUCUACCAGAAUGAAAUAUACCGUCACUUGCUGUAUGUAAAACUUCAAUAUUAUGCAAAUAUUCCAAGUCAAUA